AUGCUCGAACGGCAGCUGCAGCAGGCGCUCGAUAGGCGGAUGCAGAAGGGCACGCUCCGCGAUCUCACCAUCUUUCCGACCGGCCCAUCCUCAUCGCCCAGCGGCGAAAGCACCAAUAGUAGCUCCUCGUCUUCGUCGACUACGGCCUCGGCCUCGGCCACUGCCACUCUUGCGCAGCCGCUGGUCGACUUCUCUUCCAACGACUACCUCUCCCUCUCGACGUGCGCGCAGGUACGAUCCGACUUCCUCGAUCUCUUUCGCAGCUCGAGCUUGGCAAAGAUGGGGUCGACAGGUAGCCGGCUGCUCGACGGCAACUCGAGCGAGCACGAGCAGCUCGAGGUCGACCUGGCGCGCCACUUUGCGUCGCCGUCGUCGCUCCUCUUCAACUCGGGCUACGACGCAAACGUGUCCUUGUUCAGCACGCUCCCGCAGCCCGACGACUUUAUCCUCUACGACCACCUCGUCCACGCCUCGGUCCACGACGGCGUGCGCAAGUCGCGCACCCGCAGGGACAGGAGGAUCGCAUUCCGCCACAACUCGCCCGACGACCUCGAACGCAUCCUUGCAGGCCUCGCGGCUAGCGGCCAGCUCGAUGCUCCAGCCUCGUCCACACACGAGGGCGUCUUUGCGGCACCGCCCAACGUCUUCCUGGCCAUCGAGAGCGUCUACUCGAUGGACGGAGACACGGCGCCGCUAGCCCGACUGCUCGACGUCCUGGACCGGCACGUACCGGACCGCGCUCGCCGCUGCGUCGUCGUCGACGAGGCGCACUCGACGGCCGUCUACGGCCGCGCCGGCAGGGGCUACUGCCACGCCCUCGCCCUCGACGGCGCCGUCGACGUCCGCCUCAUGACUUUUGGCAAGGGCAUGGGCUCGUCGGGCGCCGUCGUUUUGUGCCGGCCCGUGGUGCGCCACUUUCUCAUCAACUACGCCCGCCCCCUCAUCUUUUCUACCAGCCUCAGCCAUCCUAGCCUCGUCUCGAUCCGUGCCUGCCUCCUCUCGCUUCAGGAUGGCAGGAGCGAGCAGCGCGCGCGCCGCCUCUUUUGCCGCACCCGCAGGCUCGUGCGCGGGUUGCGGCAGGUCGCAGCGGCAGCGGCGGCGGGCGCGACGACGACGGGUACGGCGACGAGGCAGGUCACGCUGCCCGAACACCUGCGCUCGCCCUCGUCGGGUCUACUCAUCGACGACGACAUCGACGACAACGACGACGUGGCCGCGAUAUCCCUCAGUUCACCGAGUCCGAUCAUCCCGCUGCUCACGUCCGAGGCGAGACCGUUAGCGGCGUUUCUGCGACAGCGCGGGUUGCUAGGUCGUCCGAUCUGCUACCCGACGGUGCCCAAGGGCGAGGACCGGGUGAGGAUCUGCCUGCACGCCGACAACACCGUCGAGGACGUGGACCGCUUGGUCGGCUGCAUCGCCGAGUGGCUCGAUGCGACGGACGUCGGCGGCUCAGCGGCAGCGGCUGCGACAAUGGCACCGCAACCGCUUCCGACAACGACGACGACAGGGAUGGUAGCAGCCAAGCUGUGA